AUGGACUUCGCAAGGAUUGGUUUCCAUUUUACGCCGAGCGAUGAAGAGCUGUUUCAGAUUCUUGGAACGAAACUGAGAGGAGAAUAUGAAGGGGGCGGAGUGACUGAGGUUGAUCCGUAUGAGAAAGAGCCGUGGCUGGUGUUCGACAAGAAUGAACCGACCACGUUUUAUGUGUUUACAAGUCUGAAGAAGAAAAGCAAAACAAGAAUGGAGAGAAGGGUCGGUUGCGGUACAUGGAAAAUGGAGAGAUCCCUGGAGAUUGUCGACUGGGACGAAAACGUUGUAGGGUUCAAGAAGAUGCUUACGUUUGAGGAGAAGAAGAAGAACACCGAGAACGGUCGCUGGAUAAUGCACGAGUAUUCCCUACGGGAUUGCAUCAAUUCAUCAUUUGUAAUACCUACUACUAAUGAUACAAGAACAGUUGAGGAGAUGGCUAUUACUGCACCUUUGGCAAUAGGGAACAUCGAUCCAUUGGUCACUGCUGCACCAUUGGCGGUGGGAGACAUCAAUCCAUUGGCUACUGCUACACCCUUGGCGCCAGAGUAUAAUGAUGGAGAAAUAGUUGAGGGGAUGACCGUCGCUGCACCCUCGCAGGAGGAGGUUGAAUGGAAUGACAACCUCGUAUUUGAUAUAGAUAAAUUGUGGGAUGAGAUUGAACAGAAAGACAAUCUCGUAGUUGAUAGAGAAGAAUUGCAGGAAGAGGUUAAAUGGAGUGACAAUCUCGUAGCUGAUAGAGAUAAAUUGCAGGAGGAGAUUGAAUGGAGCGACAACUUCGUAGAAGAAUUAUUAGGGAACUGUGAUGAAUAG